GUUUUGAUUCUUCUGUUCUAGUUACCGCAGGAUGACCCGCUCCAACAGUGUCACCACGGCCGUGCAGGCCGACCUCGACGACCCCUCGGAAGCCCCUCCGGCUCCUCCGCCCCGCUACUUCGCCACCAUGCCGCGCCAGCACUCCCGCGACGCCGCCACCUCCACCGUCAGCAUCCAGGGCUCGGGGAACCACUACCACGCCUGCGCCGCCGACGACUACGGGGACGCGGGCUUCGACCCGUCCAUCCUGCCCCCUCCGGACCCGUGGAUGGACAGUGUGGCUGAGCCCGAUGCGGACGGUCGUCUGGAGGCCGUGGCGAGGUCGGUGUGCCCCGACGGCCGCUGGUUCCUCAAGCUGCUGCAGGCGGAGACGGAGCGCAUGGAGGGCUGGUGCAGACAAAUGGAGCGCGACGAGAUGGAGGUCGAGCUGCCGGAUGAGAUCCUGGGGAAGAUCCGCAGUGCAGUGGGGAGUGCCCAGCUGCUGAUGUCCCAGAAGUUCCAGCAGUUCCGGGAGCUGUGUGAGGAGAAUCUGAACCCCAACGCACACCCACGGCCGAUCUCCCAGGACCUGGCUGGUUUCUGGGACAUGCUCCAGCUGUCCAUCGAAAACAUCAGCCUGAAGUUUGAUGAACUGCACCAACUCAAAGCCAACAACUGGAAACCUCUGACCCCGCCAGAAAUUCAGGAGAGAAGGAUGCCCCCUCCUGUGCCAAAGAAGCCCCUGAAGGGCCACCCUCACCUGGCUAGGGACCGCUCGCUGGAGAGCUCUGAGCGCCAGCGCCUGGAGGCUCGCAAACGCCUGCUAGCUGCCAAACGUGCCGCUUCGGUUCGGCAGAGCUCGGCCACCGAGAGCGCAGACAGUAUCGAGAUCUAUAUCCCCGAGGCUCAGACCAGACUAUGAAACACACACACACACAUACACACACGCCCAAAACACUGUCCCAUCCAGGCAAUAUCACUGAACGGUAAGGCUAGGGUGCUAACGUGACAUAAUUAUUUUUUUUCAGACUCUAAUGAUCACUGUGGAGUCGAUUAUAAAAUGUCCGAACGAGAAGACGUGUACAUUUAAAGUAUUUAUUUAUUUAUUUUCCAGCCCUUCCCUUUCUCUCUUUUUUUUCCGUUGUCCCAGCUUCGAUGUAGCAGCCCCUCCUCUUCCUGUAACUCCGCCUCCACCUGCCCCCAAACUCACAAAGAUGUAUUAUAUGAGUCCCUUUUUUAAGUGACCUGAUAUUUACAAAAAAAAGCCAGCUGUAGCACAGCAGUGAUGCUUCACGUUUGUGUGUUUGAGAGAGAGAGAGAGUGUGUGUGUGUGUGUGUGUGUAUUUUAUUUCUGUUAAAUUCCAGGAUCUGAUCUGAUUCCAAAACACCUUAAAGGUAGAGUCAGUAGCUUUUUUUAUUGCAGUUUGUCCUGCAGGAUGCAGUGUGUACGUUUACUGCUUGUAGCUACACUGCAAGCUAACGCACGCUAG